AUGCAUGUCUGGGGGACUCUCGCCUUCACGCUGGGCGCCAUCGCCGCUGGCGGCGCGCAGGCCGCGCGCAACCUGACGGCCAACUUCGACAUCCUAUCGUACAACGACGUGUACGAGAUGCUGCAGGACACCGUGGACGGCAUCAACCUCGGCGGCCCCUCGCGCGUGGUGCCGAUUGCCAAGGCCAUGCGCGAGGCCAACCCUAACACGCUCGUGCUCUUCGCCGGCGACACGGUGUCGCCCUCGCUCUGGUCGACGCAGUUCAACGGCCAGCACAUGGUCAAGGCGCACAACGCCAUCGGCCUGGACUUCGCGUCGCUGGGCAACCACGAGUUCGACUUCGGACUCGAGAACUUCAUGAACGUGUCGCUCAACUCCAACUUCCCGUGGCUCAACGCCAACUGCUACGAGAUCGCCAACAAGACGCUGCUGCGGGGCACCGUGCCCAACGCCAUUAAGAACCUGACGGACCCCGUCCACGGCGACAUCAGCAUCGGCCUCUUCGGCGUCAUGUACGACAUGAACGACACCAGCAAGGGCCUCUACUGGGAGGACCCCAUCAAGGCCGCCCGCGAGCAGGUGGAGAUUCUCCAGGCCAAGGGCGUGGACUUCAUCAUCGCCAUGACCCACCAGGACCUGGCCGACGACAACCGCCUUUCCAGGGAGGUGGCCGGCAUCGACAUCAUCAUCGGUGGACACGACCACACCUCGAUGCUGCAGACCAACUUCGGCACGCCCUACCUCAAGGCCGACUUCGACUUCCGCUCGGUCUGGCAGUCGCACAUCGAGUACUACGCGGCCGACGGCGACAACGACGACCGCAAGUCACUCAUGACCCACCAGGCCAUCCCCAUCGUCGAGAGCAUGCCCACCGACAACACGCUGGACGCCAUCAUCGCCACGUACCAGGCGCAGAUGGACGAGCUCUCGGGCCAGAUCAUCGGCAAGCUCUGUGAGUCGCUCGACCUCUCGCAGGACGUCGUGCGCUCCAAGGACUGCAAGAUCGGCCACCUGUUCGCCAACGCCGCGCUGCAGUUCUACGGUGAAGCCUCGGCCGACGUCGCCGUCAUGAACGGCGGCGGCAUCCGCGGCGACAAGAUCCUGCCAGCCGGCGACCUGUCGCUGGGCGAGGUGCUGGCCUGGUCGCCGUUCGGCAACACGCUCAUGACCAUCGAGACCACGGGCGCGUCGCUCAAGCUCUUCCUGGAGCACGAGAUGGCCGCCAGCUGCGGCGCCAACGUCAUCCAGCAGAACGGCUUCUACGUGCACCCGGCGGGCUUCAACUACACGUACACGUGCACGGCCGAGGGCGCCGGCAAGCUCUCGAACCUCGUGUGGCUCGACCACCCGACCCACUCGGGCGAGAUCCUGGACACGGACAAGCUCGUCCUGGCGCUGAGCAACUACCUGUACACGACGCAGUUCGCGGUGAUCGAGGGCGUGACCUCCACGGUCAAGGUGUCGGAGGCCGAGGCGGAGCGCGUGGACUCGGCGCUCGAGGCCUACGUGGCCAGCCUCCCCAGCGGCAACGUGUGCCUGCCGACCGAGCUGCGCUCGUCCGUCUCGUUCUAA